CAAGCGUCGCGAGAAAACGGAGAGAAGAGACGGGAGCGGAGCGGAGCGGAGCGGGCGGACUGGACUCGGCUCGCACGCCUCGCGCGGCUAAAGCUAGCGAUAAACAUGGAGCUGUCUGCCGUUGGAGAGCGCGUGUUCGCCGCCGAGUCCAUCAUCAAACGGAGGAUCAGAAGAGGUCGAAUGGAAUAUCUGGUCAAAUGGAAGGGUUGGUCAUCCAAGUACAGUACAUGGGAACCAGAAGAAAAUAUCCUGGAUUCACGUCUUUUUGCUGCUUUUGAAGAAAGGGAACGUGAACGGGAAAUGUUUGGACCCAAAAAGAGAGGACCGAAGCUCAAGACAUUUCUUCUAAAGGCCCAGGCAAAAGCUAAAACAAGGUCUUACGAGUUCCGUGGUGAGUCUUCACGCAGCAUUCGUGUGACCUACCUGAACUCGGAGCCUUUGGUAACACCAAGAGCCAGAGAGGGUCUCCGUGCUGUUGUUCCAACCAUCUUCCCCCCCAGUACAGUAAACCGAGGAGAGAGCGUUCGUCCUGUCUCUUCAGAACUGUCUCGAGACCAUCGUCACAGAGACCUUCAAUCUCCAAAUCCUAUGAACCCUUUAGAUGGGAUCAUUCGUGUGCCCAAGAAACGAGGUCGGAAACCCAAACUGUGGUUUAGGGAGGGUUAUGCAAAUGCUCAGCACUUGGAAAAAUGCAAAAUGGAUGAUUCCAUGUCUGGAAUCCCAUCUAAAAUGGCACGUCUGGAACUCGGGGAAGAUGAUGAGGACAGACAAAAAGCAAAGGUCCAAAGGCACCAGAAUUCUCCUUUUCACCCCAGGACAGUUACUUCUGUAGACUGGAGAGGAACACGUGACCAUUGCAAGCCUAGGGAAAAUUCAAAUCAUUUUUACCACAAGCAUAUGAAGUACCUUAAACACAUUAACAAUCAGCAUAAUCAGCCAUCUCUUAUCGCCAAGAUUCCUAUGGCACGAAUACAUGGCACAACAGAGAGGCAAGACAAAGUAGAACAAAAACGAGAGGAGGAAGAUGUAUGGAGGCCCUGCUUCAGCAACCUAGAGACGGUCACAAUCACUGAUGUGACGACAAACUUUUUAACAGUGACCAUCAAAGAGAGCAGCACAGAUGAAGGAUUCUUUAAAGACAACAGAUGAAUUUCUUCCAAACAGGCAUGUGCCAAUAAUCACACAAUAUUUUACAACAUUUGCAGUAUUAUGGAGACCAAGAAAUACCAUUGACUGCCUUAGUUGGCAGCAGUCUUGGGGCAGGUGAAGCCUGUCUCAUUCUGCACCUUACACCCUUUUCAGAGAAGGCUCUGAUCACAUGACUUUCUUAUAACACAAAUCACAAUGUGUAAAUCUAAUGGACAUAAAUAGAACAUUUAAAAAUCACAUCUUUUCACUACUGUUGUCGAUUUACCCUGCUUUUUCAUAAAUCAUUUAUUGUCCCAGCAUUCUAUAAAUUGUAUAUAAAAGAUAUUUUAUUUUACUUCUGGUGUUAUACACUGAAGUGUGUGAAGCAUCAUGGUGGACAGGUGAUGAAAUAGGCCAGUGGUGAGCGAUCUGCAUGCACUAGAAGAGGUCAGCUGUGAGCUGACUUUAAUGUUCAGAUGUGUUACAGUAUGUUUGACUCACAGAGUCUGUUUCUGUAAAAUAGACACUUUUUAUCAGAACGUGUAUACUAAAUACAUAAAGCUGCUGCUCUUGAGUGUUUGAUGUCAUGAGAAUUUCUAAAUAUUUUUAGUUCUAAUAUUUGUAAUUAUCUGAAUUAUUUCCUUGUGUUUCUGAAAAUGUGCACAUUUAAAAAGCAUCUACAAACUUUAAACAUUUGAAGUUUGGAUCUUUCAUUUCUGAUCCCUCAGUAAAACCUUUAUUUUUCUGAAGUUAAAAGUUGGCAUACACUUGUAAGGGACUCGCAGGUCAUGCUAGUAUUUGGGGUUUAAUCAUUUCUACAACUGUUUAAGUGACUGAAUAACUGGAACACAUACUUUAUAAAACAAAAUGAACAUACAUAAAGCUAAAUAGAGGCUGUCCUACAAAAAAGAAGCUGCUCUGAUUCUCUUUUUUUACUCUGUGAACAGCAGCAAAAGUAAAGCUUUAAAGUAUUAAUUUUGGAGAAAGAACCUCUUUCUUUCACAGCUACCUCUAAGACCAAUAUGAUGCUUGUCAACAGUGACACCAAAGUCGAAGCAGCUUUCAAUUCUUGCCAGACCAGUAAUCUUCCCCUCCCUGUUCUUGAAUUACAUUUGACUAUAUAGACACAUGUCCUCUCAGUGUAAAAUGACACCAUUGUUCCAUAUUAUUUGUAAUAAGUGCAAUCAAACUAGACAUAUUUACAUGGGCACUAAGAAGACACCAGUUAUGGUCCUGCAUAAUCACUAAUAAGAAAUGUGAAGGUCAUGUCACAAAAUUUAAUGGAACUUUGUACACCACUAAAUGAUCCAUCUAAUGUGCUGUAUUUUUAACGUAAUUAUUAAAAAUAUCUUGAUAAAAUUAUUGAUAAAA